AAAACUCCAGUGGUUAAUCCAUGUCUUCUGAAGUGAUUGGUUUUGGGUUAGAACAGACCAAAAUGUAACUAACUGUAUAUCUUGCCAUCGCAGUCUCUAGACGCUAUCGUGAUUUCAAGCUAAUUACACUUCCUAGCACUUCACAAAUUUGCAGAGCGCUAGAUGGUGCUAGGAAGUGUAAUCGACCUUAAAAUCAUGAUUGCCAAGGAGACUGCAGAUAUCAAAAUUUACAAUGAAAAUGUAGUUACAUUUUGGUCUCGCCCAUAAUCGAUUGGGUUUCUUCAGAUGGCAUGGAUUAAAACCAAUGGAGUUGUAUGGUUUAUUUUUAUGCUGCCUUUAUGUGCUUUUCGGCACUUCAAACUUUCGGUCACCAUUCACUUGCAUUGUAAGGACCGAGAGAUAUUCUUCUAAAAAUCUUCUUUGUGUUCUGCAGAAAAAAGUCACAUCUAGAAUGGCAUGAGGGUGAGUAAAUGAAGACAGACUUUUUAUAUUUGGGUAAACUACAUUUGUAUCCAAACCACAGCAAAUAGUUAGGUUUACUUGCUAGUGUACAUUAGUCUGUGCAUUAAGGUGGUUCUUAAAGUGUGAUGUUGAUCCAGACCUAUUCUUUAUUUAUUUGUGCAGAUAGUCAAUGUCUAACACUCUUCUCUUUCAGGAUGUGAAUUGUAACGUGGUCUGCAAAAUGUGGUGUUCUUUUUUCUUUUUCCCCCUCACCUUGUCCUUCCAAAGAACUGACAGUUGCUUAAGAACCGAGAGUGCUUUGAAAUGCAUCGGUUUACAUUGAACCACCUUAAUCUGCACGGAUCUGUUUCUUGUUUCCAAUGUGUAUGUGUGUGUCUCUCUAUAACAUAACGCAGAACUUAUUUCCUCAGCAUUUAAGGCUAAGGGGUCCCGCCAGGCCCCAAUUGCCACCUCAUCGCCCACUUCUCUCUAUUGCCGAAGAAACUGGAACUGAGAAGUGGAAUACAGCAGCGAGCGCAGGAAAAUGUCCACCAUAUGGGUUCUUACGGAUAGGUACGAUGGCCGUGGUCAUUUACAUGACCUUUCAGAAUAUGACGCAGGCUCGUGGAAUCACGAUUACCAGUUGUCAGAGGAGGAGGCCAGGAUAGAAGCUCUGUGUGAUGAGGAGAGAUAUCUGGCCAUGCACACAGAUCUACUGGAAGAGGAGGCCAGGCAAGAGGAGGAGUAUAAAAGACUGAGUGAAGCUUUGGCUGAUGAAGGCACCUACAACGCAGUGGCCUUCCGUUACAGUGCCGACUACUAUGACCCCUCCCAGCCCACUGAGGAAGAAGAGGCUGCAAAAGAAACAGAUCAAGAGCAGCCAGACGAAGAGAGUGAGGAACCGUUUGUGGCGCCCCCUGGCCUUACCAUCCCUCCAGACGUAGAGCUGCCUGCGACCACCAAGACUCACGCCAUUAUUGAGCGCACCGCCAACUUUGUAUGCAAGCAAGGGGCCCAAUUUGAAAUUGUGCUUAAAGCGAAGCAAUCAGGGAAUUCCCAGUUUGAUUUCCUGCGGUUCGACCAUUACCUGAACCCUUACUACAAACACAUUCUUCGAGCUAUGAAGGAAGGAAGGUACACACCGGUUUCAGAAGGCAAGCAAGACCAGCAACAGGAAUCAAAAUCAGACGAUUCCGAUGAUGAUGACGGGGAAGGAAAUUACCUUCACCCGAGUCUGUUCGCAUCCACGAAGAACUCUCGUUUGGAGGAAAUAAUAAAGCCUCUUCAGGUCAUUGACCCGGAUCAUCCAUUGGCAGCGCUGGUUCGGAAAGCCCAACAGGAGAAUAAUGGUGCUGCGGCAGUGGCAACCAGAGUGGAGGAAGAGCAUCAACCUUCAGUAGUAACCACACAGGCAGAAUAUACCACUGAUCCUAAUGUGGCGGCAAUAUACUAUGGCUACUGUUUGAUGCCUGAUGGUACAUACUGCCUGGCUCCGCCGCCUCCUGGAAUUGAUGCCAGUGCCUAUUACACCUCGCUGCCCACUAGCAUGAUGCAGACUCAUCCUGCAACUGGCCCUCCGCCUCCCCCUGGCACCACACCUACUUUGGACACUGUGGCUGCAAUCCCAUCAGUCCCUGUUGCAUGUCCAGUCACAGUGUCGGCUCCUACCUCUGCUCCGAUCACCCAUGCUGCUCCAGCUGCCCCUCCAGCUUCCAGCUCUCGGCCUCCUCAAACCACCGUCGCCCCAACGCCGGCGGCUGCUCCUGUCGCAGCCAUCAUCCCCCCACCCCCCGACAUCCAGCCUGUCAUUGACAAACUAGCCGAGUAUGUGGCCAGAAACGGGGUGAAAUUUGAGACCAGUGUGCGUGCCAAGAAAGACCCAAGGUUUGACUUCCUGCAGUCCUGGCACCAGUACAACUCCUAUUACGAGUUCAAAAAGCACUACUUCAUGCAGAAGGAAGGCCUGAGCAUGUCAGAGGGUUCCCUGCUCUUCAGCGAUGGGGGGGACAGUGAAGCCAACUUCUCUUCUGACAAGCAGCAGGACGAGGGCAAGCUCAUUAAAGCAUCCUUCGCGCCCAUCUGCUUCGCAAUAAAGUCCAAAGAAAAUGACAUGAUGCCCCUGGAGAAGAACCGCGUGAGGCUGGACGAUGAUUCAGAUGAGGAUGUGACGAAAGAGGAUGGGGCAGAUUUAGCGACGGGAUUGGUUGAAGCUGCCAGAGAGCCUCAUCCUCAAAUACCUGAGCAGAGGAAACCGGUGCUCUCACAGGAGGAGCUAGAAGCAAAACAAGCCAAACUGAAGCUGGAGGACCGGUUAGCUGCCGCAGCAAGAGAGAAACUGGCUCAGGCCUCCAAAGAGUCCAAAGAGAGGCAGCUCCAGGCCGAACGCAAGAGGAAAGCCGCCCUCUUUCUGCAGACCCUGCGAGGCCCUGAGGCUGAGGUCAAGCGAACUGAAGAUAGAGCUGCUCCACCUGAGCCAGUGGUGUCUAAACCUCCCAUGAGUGCACACUCGACUGGAAUACCUUGUUUGGACUACCCGCCUCUGGAAACCAUGUCAACGCGGAGCGCAGAUGCCCCAACUCCUCAUCUGACCACCUCUUACUCCUCAUCGUCCUCUCGUGGGCCUGAACGGAACAGAGACAGGGAUCGAGAUCGAGACAAGAGAAAGAAGAAACAUAAGAGAAGGUCUCGCUCCAGGUCCCGAUCCAUAUCGAAAUCCAAAACCAAGCACUCUUUGCCCAGUGCAUACCGAAGCUACAGGAGAUCCAGGUCCCAGUCUCAUUCUCCCAGCCGACGGGAUCGGCGAGCUCGCUCUUCAGAUAGAAAGCGAGAUGAGAGGGAGAAAGAAAGCAAUGGCUCAAGUGCCUACCGCCUUGGCAGCAACCCAGGACUGGGCAGGAAGCGCUCUAGAUCAAGAUCGCCUCAUGAAAAGAAGAAGAGGAAAAGUUCAAAGUCAUCCCACCGUUUGAAGGGUUCCUCUUGUUCGCCUUCAGCAUCCCCUAACAGAGGUGGAGCAAUGACCAGAGUCUCUGUAAGCCCCUCCCCUGCUACAAGCCCCACCUCCAGCAUGGGGAGAUCCAGAGAUGGUUCUCAGGAGAAAGACAAGCAAGUGUCCUCAACUAUUGUUUCUUCAGUUCAAACUAAAAUCACUCAGGACCUCAUGGCUAAAGUGCGGGCAAUGCUGGCUGCCUCCAAAGGCCUUCAACCGAACCCCUCCUGAGAGAGUUCCAGUUGGGCUGAACAGAACAUCCAGGCAGGAUCCAGCUCCAGCUAUAUCUCAAACGAUGACAACAACCACCUUCCGGACAACUUCUGGACUACCCUACACUUUUAUCCCUUUAUGUAUGCCUAUUUGGACCUUAGUUAAAUGUUUUUAUUUUGCCUCCAGAUUAGCGUUAGGCAUGGAGAUUCUUUUUUUAGGCAUUGUGGAACCCAAGCAGGAGUAGAAAGAAACCGCCCAAGCAACAGAUGGUUGGACCUCUGUUCUUCUGUGUUUUAUCUGAAAAAAGGCAACAAGAAACAAGUAUGAGAGAAGUUGAGAUGUAAUUCCUUGGAUGCAACAAAAAACAAAUUUAAAUUUCCCCUUAAACUGAUGAUUGGGCUGUUUUCUUUGUAAUAUUGCCUCUGCCAGAGGGGCACGGCUAUAUCCUUCUGUGAAGGAUAAUGUUGUUUAUUUUCUCAUACUCUCACUUUAUUUUUUCUUUCUUUCUCUCUCUCUCUCUCUCUCUCUCCCCCUCUGAACACUUUUCUAUUUCAAGUCACAACCUCUCUCUGUUCUUUUGUUUUGGAAUAUGUGGCCUUCGGUUUUCCAUUUCUAAGUUUGUAAAGGUCUAAUUUUGCAGCUACUUUGUAAAACAUUUGACGGUCAAUAAAGUUUGAAUUAUUGAUGGCG